GUUAGGGCAUAACACUGAGGUGAGCUCACUUGCAAAGCACCUGGAAGACACCUAAGAAAGACCGACUGCUUCUGUCUAGACAUCAGCAUGAAGGCCAUCCUAUCAACCGCACUGUUCUUCACCACUCUGUACCUGGUCUCUGAGGCUGUCCAAGUCCACGAUGGAGACUAUUCCUUCUCGGCCGAAUCUGUGAAAGUACUCCAGCAUUUGCUGGAGAGCAGCACCGUGACCCAGAAGCCAAGCCCACGCCUCGCCCAGACUAGCUUUGGAGCUGUCUGCGCCAGCCCCACGCUGCCUCAGGAGUUCCUUCCUCUGUGCCAGCAAAGCGGCUCAGCCAUGGUCUUCUCCAGGCUAGCUUCUACACCCAUGGAUGUGUGUGAAAUCUGCGCAUUUGCUGCCUGUACCGGCUGCUAGAUGCCUUCCCUCUUCAGCUGGUGAAGGACCUUUCCCACUUCACCGUAACAGAUUCGAUGUCCAAACCCAGGGGCCACAUUUCCUUCGCGCUCCCAAAUGAUGCCAUCGUCUAAAUGACUGUUCUGGAGCUGUUACUAGUUGCUUGAAAGCAUGCACGUACUGAUUUGUAGUUUGGAAUUUAGAUUUUUUUCUUUGUUACAGCAUAAUGUUGUUUAUUUAAUGAAGUCUUAUUUUUCUAUUUCUUAUGUAUUUCUUACAUUUUCAGUCUUAUGUUCACCAGCGCGCUAUGUGUGCAAUAAAAAUGUCUUCACAA